CCAUUUGCAAAGCAGCCUUUCGAGCUCUCUGACCCGCUCUGACCAUUGCAUUAUUUUGCGUCCAAGAUGAAGCACAGGCAAUUUUUCUUCCGCCUCCACGCAUCUCACGCUGUGAUUGUGGUUGGAAUUUUCGAAAUAAUUGCUAUUCUUGAAACUCUAUUUAUUCUUGGAUUAGUUUGCAGCGGCACUUUUGAUGAAUUCAAUAAUCCAAAGUUUUUAUUCGGCCUGGCUGAAUAUAUGAAUGAGGACAUUGAGGACAAUGAGGACAUCGAGGACAAUGAGGACAUUGAGGACAAUGAGGACCAACUGGAUCAGUAUACAGUCGAAGAAUUGGACCCAGUUUUCUCUGUCUUGCUAAGGAAGUACUCAUUGUUAUUCGCACUUGGCAAUAUUUUCCGUCUGAUUUUCCCUGCUCUGCUCAUCACUGGAGCUCUCAAAGGAAAAAGCAAUUACACGUUGCCCUGGCUCAUCAUCAACUGGAUUUCUGCAAUUUUUGGCAUUUUCUUGUACGCCCCCUUGUACUUUCUCACGUUCAGCGGUUUUGCACUUUUAUUCUACUUCUCCUACGCCACCCUCAAAUAUGCUUUCAUCAUUUACAGCCUGUUCGUGGUCAUUGAGUUUCGCAGGCAGUGCAAAAGGCAGUUAUUUUCCAACCCAGAUGCCGAACAAUCUUCAAUUCCAUUCACAAAUUUAUGAUUCCGUAAUUCGGAGACUUCGUUAAUUUAUUUAUAUUUUUGAAAAUUUGAGCGCGAGCGUGAGCGCAAAAUAUCUGAAUUUUUUAAAUCUUGUUGUCAGUAUUUUUGUUUUAUUUUCCACAUAUUCUUACAACAUUGUUUGCAUUUAAUUAUCUUGAUAUACUUUUUUAUGUGUGUGUGUUUUUUUAAAUAAAAAAAUCAGUUUGU